AUGGCUGAUCAGCAGCUGGAUGAUAUCAAGAAAAUAUUGGACGUACAAACUACAAAAUCCAAAAAGUGGCAAAUGGCAGAGUCAAAUGCUGCAGUUGCAGGCGUCAGCGUCAAUCAUCAAUGGAAGGGAGUCGCGCGAGUAAGAGUAGCCAGAAAGCGGGGACCUCCUGCAGCAGCAGCAGCCAGACGGCCAACAAAAACAAGCGCAGCCGCCAGUCCUCACCGCCCGCUCCUUCCCGCAACAGCAGUGCGUCAGGAACGGGGGCCUCCAGUCGCAACGCCGAUCUGUCGUGAGUGUCGUCGUCCAACAAGCGCUCGCCAGCUCCUGCGCCUGGCAGGAGCGCUAGCUCGUCCAAAUCGGGCGCGUCAGGAAGCAGUCUUAAGCGCAAGGAGCCGAGCUGAGCGAUCUGGACGACUACAGCAGUCUGUCCGCGUCGCACGCGCCCCCGCCUGCGGCGACGGCGUUUCGGCAAAUUUUCUCGCAGGAAAAGGAUCAGCGCCAUCGCAUCCCAACACAGCGCACUACAACAUCCUGCUGGACACGCCGGUGGGCAUCCAGCCGCUGCAGCCCGUCAAGCACCAGGGCCUGCCCAGCGCCAACGCCGACUACAUCUGCAAGCUAAACGACGUCACCAAGGAGCAGCAGGAGGCCGACGCCGCCGCCGCCGGGGCACCGGCGCCGGGCGGCGGGGAGAACGCCGGUCCCAGCUACGGUCUGCGCGCCGGCAGCCACAUCAAGCGCUCGGCGGCCAGGGGUAAAGUGGGUCGCGAAUGGACGGAGCAGGAGACGCUGCUGCUGCUGGAGGCCCUGAAGAUGUGCAAGGGCGACUGGAACAAGAUCGACAACAUGAGCCACCUGGAGCGGGAGAUGUACAACCUGCGGGCGCAGCUGUCGCAGGCCACCGCGCGGCGCUGGCCGGGCCGGGGCCAGCGUCAUCCAGAGCAGCACCAACAGCAGCCAAGCGUCGCACGCGGGCGGCCAGCAGCAUCAUCACGCGUCGGUGUUGGUGGCCAACGUCCACGCCAACGCUAACGCCAAUGCUCAAGCGGACCAGCCCAGCAAGAAGCGCGUCGCUCGCGAUGUCGCCUCCGACCCGCUGCGCAAACGAAAGAAGGACGCUUGAACGGAACGGAUCAAUCUUUACUUUUCUGCUUUUGGUUUUCUUGAUGGCGAGAGGCGCUUUAUAAGAAACGCGGUUGUGGAAAGAGGGCGGAAAUUGUUGAUUAUUCGGAUUUAAUUCGUUCACGGUUGAUUUUUUGAAGUUUUGUUAGCAUGAUAGCAUCGGGCCCGACGGGGUCGAGCCGGAAGUGGUCAGUGGUGCUAAGCUUUCAUUUCACGUGUUGCGCUAAUCGGGUGGUGCUGUGUUGUCUUCGCGUUGUACGAAUUAUUUAUCUGGCAUUAAAAGGUGUUGUUGCGUUGGA